UGCGCUUCAUACAUAAACGACGACGACGCCCUAUACCGACACGAGUCUGAUUCACAAAUUUUAGUUUCACAUAAAAUGGAAUUAAACACUCUCAUUGCUGAUGGUGCUGCUGAAAAUGACUUGCAGCAAAUGAAGGGAGAUCGAAUUGGCAACACAAUGUACAGUGAGAGAUCUGUCCUAAAGACACUAAUAAAGCUGUCUCAGAUAACAGAGUUCACAAGUGAAUUUGAAGAAGAGCUGUGCCUUCUUUGGGAUAUGACAGUUGAGGAAGAUGUGGUAAACUUUCUUAUGAAUAAUAACUUUUUGGAUCUUGCUACUCAUAUUAUUAUGACCAUUGAGGAUAACAGGCUCAUAGAGAUUAUGGUGGGAAUUGUUGGCAAUAUGUGCUGUGUCAAAUGUGUCAGGAGCCAUUUAGCAGGAAAAAGAGCAUCUGUUGAAACAUUUAUGAAGUUGUUGGGCAUUAGGGAUGCACCUGUGCUCAUACAACUAAUUAGAGUGUUUGAAUUGAUAUUGAUUGACAUUAUUGACAAGCCACCACAAUUAUCUUCAAGAAAUAAUAUGGAAGCCAAUAAUGAUGAGGGAAAAGAUGUUUGCAAAGGAGAUGGACAAGUAACGCAGCCACCUACUGAAACUACUGAUUCAGAAAGCAGUGACUCAUCUUUGUCACAAGAAGACUGUCAGAAUGUAUCCAGUAAUUGGUGGGAAAUAUAUUUAUCCAACACUGAAAUUUGGUUUCAUAAUAUUCCAGAAAUUCUUAGCAACUGUAAAAAUGAUGAACUCUUGAGUAAGCUGUGGCAUCUGGUUGAUAAUCUGAGUGAUGUUGCUUGUGACAGCAGCAUUUAUCUUGAUGAAUAUUUUCUGAACAGAGAACUGCUUCGUUCACUCGUGGUGUCCUUCAAUGAAUAUUUUAAAGAAUGCCAUCCCUUACAAGACAUAGAUGAAACUUAUCAGUUAAGGAGGUCCGCCUCAGAUUGGAUUAUGGCUGUUAAUUGUUUUCAUAAUUAUGAGGAAGGCACAGACAUUGUGAGAACAUGUAUUGGAGACCUCUUGCCCUGUAUUCAACAUAUCUUGAGUCGAUUUAGUAUGAAUUUUAAAACUAGGGCAGAAAGUAAUAAAUUGUUUAUAUCCGUAAUAUGUUUCCUGGAUAAAUCUCUUCCUGUAAGAAAUUUACCACAUCUCUGUGAAGACGAAAUGAAGAAUUUGAUUAGUAGGCUAGAAGCAUUUCUGGAAGAAGAUCACAAAGCACACACUGAUGAAUGGGAAGAUAUCUCUGAUGAUGGGGAAGCAAUUAAUAAAGAAAAGACCACUGAGUGUUUGCAGCAUUUACUCAACAAAGCCAGGAACUUGCUCUCAACAGCUUCACAUCAAAGUGCCCAGUCGUUGUUAAAUGGAGAAAAUACACCAAGCCACUGAGAGAGAGGUGUUCUAACAUUAUCAAUGAGUAAUGGAGUUCCUAUGAAGAGAUGAAGAAAAACAAAACUGGAGAGGUCAUUCUUAUCUUCUGCAAGUCACGCAAUCCCCUUGUUUACAUGAACUUUCCAGCUAUUAAUUAAACACAGUGAAUUAUGAAACUGUUGCUGAAACAGCAAAGAUCCAAUAGUACUCAUGGUUUCAUUUUAUUUUUUGAUUGUCUCUCUCACAUCUGUCAUACUUCAGUUGCAAGGAGGUAGGGCAGCGUAACUACUUUUUACCAUUAUGUGAAAUAUUAAUUAAUUUUGUUCAAACUUUUCUUGGGCCAUAGUGAUAAUGCCAUCUGUAUGUGGACCAUGAGUUGUUGAAAUAGUGAAAUGAAUGCACACUUAUGUGAGACAUAGAGUGGUAAGAACAAAAAAUAGAAGAGAGACAAUUACUGCACAACAUCUCAAUCAUCUAAUUAAUUUUUGUGUGUGGAGAACUUAGCUAGUUGUGCACAAUGUUACUUAUGAGCUAUCAACAUCAUAAAAAAAAAGAGGAACUCUUUGUGUAUGUGAAAACAACUAUAUGAUUACAGAGUUUUGAAUUUACUUUUCAUAUAUGUACAUUAAUUAAUAUAAUUCAUUUCUAAUAUUUUUUACAUCUCUGGAAGUGUAAAACUAACAAAUAUUGAGCAGUGAUAAUUCUGUAAUGAACUGUUAACAUUGUAUAUAUCUACUAGAUUAAAAAGAGAAAUAGGAUGUUUGAAGCACUU